UCUAAGGGAAGUUUGUGUCUGUGCGUCUUUCACUCAAAUUCUCCUCUUUUCAGGUACGAGUCCCUAAUAAUAAUGGUCGAUGUUUACUUGCGGGUUAGAUGAAUGUGUAUAUGUGCUCAGGAAACUAUUUGUAAUACAGUAUGUCAGCGUAUGAUGAAGUAAUGAAGUUAAUUCCCCGACGACGUGUAAGCUAGCUACACGAACCCUGUGAAAUGCUAACAGCACCGUCGUUUGUGGUGCUUCGUAGCCGCGAUUGUUGUAGCCAUAGACAGACAUACCUAGACGCCACUUCGAGCGCUGAAUCAUACGUCGACGUCGCCGCCAUAUUGAAUGAGGCAAAAGCGAACCGUCGGAGAAGAUGCCUCAUUCCUGUGCUGCAUGGAAUUGUACCAACCGGUCCACGGUCCAAACUCGAUCUCGUGGGAUUACCUUUCACAGGUUUCCCAAAGGUACAGAACUGAGGAAGCAGUGGGAAACAGCUGUCAGACGGGAGGGGUUGUCUGCUAGUCCGUCGUCCAUGCUCUGCAGUGAGCACUUCAGACCAGAGCAGUUUGACAGGACAGGUCAGACGGUCAGGAUAAGAGAUGGAGCUGUUCCCUCAGUGUUCACUUUCCCCGCUCAUCUCCACAGGCCUGUGCCUAUCAGGACCUCUCGGACCUCAAAGAAGGCACAGGAGAUCCUGUCACCGGACUGUUGCCAGCCAGUCCAAGAGACCAAACCCCUGCCUUUGCCAAGUGUUGACCACUCCUAUGCUCUGCCUUCAUCACAUGACGAUCUGAAGGCCAGACUCAGGGAAGCCUUGGACAGGGUGGAGAGUCUGGAAAGAGAGAGGAGGAACGCGAAGGACAGAGAGAGGAGGGCAAGGAACACUGUGAGUGGUCUUCUGGAGGAUCUCAAGGUGAAGAAAGUGAUAAAUGAAGAGUUGAAAGAGCAGCUUGAUGUAUACUCAGAUCUUCCAAUACACCUCCUGUCAAAACAGAGCAAUGAAUACACCAAAGACCAGAGGGAUUUUGCCAUCACUCUCUACUUACAUGGUCCAAAGGCAUACAACUAUCUCAGAGAGACUCUUAAUAUCAACCUCCCACAUCCACAUACGUUGCAAAGGUGGAUGAGCUCUGCGGAUGCCAAGCCUGGCCUUAACAGGAAGAUGCUAGACAUGUUGAAGCGAAGAAAAGAGGAAGACCCAGCUAAAUGGGGUUGUGCAUAGACAUAUAAUUGUAUAUAAAUGUAAACGUGUGUGUGUGAUAUAUAUAUAUAUAUAUGUUCAUCAAUCACUGAAUAUCAAAAUGUUAAUGAAAAUCAGUUAAAUGUAAAUGUUCAUGCUAUUUAUUCAGAAAACCCAGCUGUCACAUCUAUGUUUUUUCCGGAUCUGGUUAUUAGAAACACAGAUGUUUGAUAUAAAUAUUUCAAUAUUUAUCAUCACAAUAACAGUGUUACCGACAUUGGUAGCAGUAAAUCUCAUAAAAUCAUUAGAAAAAUACGUACGUUGUUUUUGAUGCAAAUUUGUCUCCCAAAUAUAUUAGUGCGUGUGAAUGGGUAGAUAAAAUGUAUUAACUUCAAUCACUUUGUAGGAAGGCACUUUAUAAAGUUCAGUCCAUUUCCUUGCAUUAGUUUACGGGGCAGAUCUCCCUCAUCCAAUAUGGCGGACAUGCUGUUGUAUCGCAGCAAGGGCCAACCCGCUCGAUGAGGCGUCUACUUUUAUAUGUCUAUGGUUAUGGCAUGUAGGCUAAUCUGUGUUUAUGUUCCAGAAAUGUUUGCAAUACUGCGUGAUUACACUGUUGUAUGUUUAUAUUACGAGUUGCAGCAUGUUUUCAGUGUGUUAUAUAUUGUGCUUUGCUGUUUUUUUUUUCUUUAUGUGUUAUGCCUUCACUUUGCUUGUGAUUCAAAGUUGGAAUGUAAGUGCAAGUGCUGGCCGAAAGAACAGGCAUGUUAGUUGCUGUUAGAUGUACAUUGUCUGUGGCGAUGUUUCAGCACAGUCAACUAAUACUAAUGUUAUAUAUAAUUUCUGUAGCUAUUCAGUAGGGCCAUUGUACACAUGAUGACACUGUACUGGCAUUUCUAUGUAUGAUAUGUAUCAUUUAUUACACGUCUGAUCUGAGGAAA